AUGGGAAGUUUAAUAUCUAGGAAUUACGGCGAAACGCAACCGAAGACCAUUGCUGAGGCAAAAGCUGAAAUUGUGAAUAAUCUUCUGAAAAUACAGGAUCACUAUAUAGCUAUUAAUAGAAUGAGAAACGAAGAUCGUGCAAAAUGGAAAGUUUUCAAUAAAAAAGUUGAAAUACUUGAAGCUGUGAAGACCGUUGCUGAGGCAAAAGCUGAAAUUGUGAAUAAUCUUCUGAAAAUACAGGAUCACUAUAUAGCUAUUAAUAGAAUGAGAAAUGAAGAUCGUGCAAAAUGGAAAGUUUUCAAUAAAAAAGUUGAAAUACUUGAAGCUGUGAAAGCCAGAGCCUUAAAAGAGGAGCGACAGCGUUUGCGAAACAAGGAGAGGGCAAGAGAGCGAGAUGAGCUCGAAGCGAACUUAUCAAAAGAAGUUAUAAUGACUCCAUAUGGAUUCAAAAAAGAGCCAAUAGUGUAUCCAAAUCUUAAAAAACAACGAGAGGAGGCGGAUAAGAGAAAAGCUGCACCGUCGGAAAAACCUCUACCAUCGAGGCUACGAAAACCUGAAACUGCGGCUCGUGCUGCAGACUUAGCUGAGCCUAAAAUUCCUAGAAAAGAGCUUAGAAGGCCAGCUGAACCGCGCAAAAUAAGCCGUAGAAUAAUGUUAAACUUGGAUGCAACUCAACAAAGUGUUGACGUGGGAGAGGAUGAUUACGGUUACACUACUAGCGAAAAGACCUCCACUGGAAAACGAACAGAUGGAAGUAGUUCCGAAAGCGAAGAGGUGUUUGUCCUCAUUGAUAAAAUGCCGGUAAUGAUGCAUUACCUAGGGUAA